AAACGCUGUGCGGGUAAUUCUCAAGGCUGACAGUUGCAUUCAUUCUUCAGAGCAGAUUUUACUCACUGGUUUUGUGUUUUUAGCGCCGUCGUUUGCGUAAAAAAAAAAAGAAACAAAAACGUGAGUUAUGGCGGCUUUAAAAUACGCGGGUAUGGACGAUACAGAUAGUGAGGACGAGUUACCUCCCGGAUGGGAAGAGAGGUCCACGAAAGAUGGUUGGGUCUACUAUGCAAACCACGAUGAGAUGAAGACACAGUGGGAGCACCCCAAGACUGGAAAGAAGAAACGUUGUGCCGGAGAUUUACCGUAUGGUUGGGAGCAAGAAACGGAUGAAAAAGGACAAAUAAUUUAUGUUGAUCACAUUAACAAGCGAAACACAUACUUUGACCCGCGGCAGGCUUUUACAGUAGAGGAUGUGGUGGUGAAGCCAAAACGGUACGAUGGCAACACAGCUGCUCUCGAGAUCCUGCAGGGUCGUGAUUUGUCUGAUAAGGUUGUCCUCAUCACUGGAGGCAACUCUGGCAUUGGCUUCGAGACAGCCAGGUCUUUUGCUCUUCAUGGCGCCCAUGUGAUCCUGGCGUGUCGAAACCUAUCCCGGGCUGGCAAGGCAGUUAGCCUCAUUCAGGAGGAAUGGCACAAAGCAAGAGUAGAAGCCAUGAUGUGCGACCUGGCUUCUCUCCGCAGUGUCAGGGAGUUUGCUGAGUCUUACAAGGCCAAGAAACUGCCCGUGCAUAUACUGGUGUGUAAUGCAGCAGUGUGCACUCAGCCCUGGAGCUUAACAGAGGACGGCCUGGAGUCCACCUUCCAGAUCUGCCAUCUAGGUCACUUCCUGCUUGUCCAAUGCCUACAGGACGUGCUGCGCCGCUCGGCCCCCGCCCGCGUUGUUGUGGUAUCUUCUGAGUCCCACAGGUUCACAGACCUGUUAGACUCGUGUGCCAAAGUGGACUUGGCCCUGCUGUCUCCUGCAAAGAAAGAUUACUGGUCCAUGCUGGCUUACAAUCGGGCCAAACUCUGCAACAUCCUCUUCAGUAACGAGCUUCACCGCCGCCUUUCGCCUCACGGUGUCACCUCCAGCGCAGUGCAUCCUGGGAACAUGAUGUACACCUCCAUUCACCGGAGCUGGUGGCUGAUGACCUUUCUCUUCACUCUGGCCAGACCUUUCACCAAGUCUAUGCAACAGGGGGCGGCCACCACGGUGUACUGUGCCGUAGCUCCGGAGCUGGAGGGAAUAGGCGGCAUGUACUUCAACAACUGCUUCCGCUGCCUGCCGUCCAUCCAGGCCCAGGACCAGAGCAGCGCUGCCAGCCUGUGGGAGCUGAGCGAGCGCCUGGUUGCAGAGAAGUCAGCAGGCAUACAGGCCCUCUGAUGGACAGAGGAGGAGGUGGAGAAGGUGGACUAGCCAAACAGGAAUCAAAGACGAGGGAUGGCGCUUCAUGAUGAUUUAGGUAUGAACUUAAUUGCAGGUAACUGUUCUCUGACUGCACAUUACAAGGGAGCUGCCAAACCAUAGAUCUGGGUAUGUCACGUCACUACAGGGGCUAAAACACGCUAAAUACACAGUACAGGAGGGGAUUUCAUAUACACUCUAUUGAAUAAAUUAAAGUUUGAGUUGUGUGCAGCUCUGCUGUGGUAGUUUACAAUGGGAGGGAGGGGACGGGAGAAGAUUUGGGAGGAAUUCAGGGAUCUAUUUAAGUCUGUUCUGUUUGUCUCUGUAGCUUUUUGUAACUUUCUCAAGUCUUCUCCAUUUAGCAACUGCAUAUUUAAAAGAGCAAAGUUCAAAGACGCAGAUGACCUGUCUUGCUAGAGUACAGGGUUACCUAAUAAGCAUACACUCUAUGGCAUAUGCAUCUGUUUCCAGCAAUAGUGCACUAUAUGGCAAAUAUUGUGUCCUCCCAAUUUAAUUCAGUAUCCUCCUUUCUAGUUCUACGUAGAUGUCAAUGUUUCCUAUUGAGAUACAGAGAGUGUUGGUUAAUUGUUGUGCUAAAUCUUUUUGGGCAGGGAAGAAAUAAGGAGUAAUGGGCAUGUGACACUCAUGAAUAUAUAAACACACUAG